AUGUCUGAAAUCCAACUCUACCUCCUCGAGGCGGACAAGAACAAAGCCGAAGCACAGAGAAUCGCCGCUCAGGCCGCUGCAAAAUUAGAAGGACGACAGUUGAAACUCAUCGAUCUAAUCACCAGCCUCGAAGAAUAUAUCAACAACAAGGAGGAUGGAGCGAUCCGCGCCAAAUCGGUCGUGUUCCUCGCAGAAGUGCUGGAGGCAGUCCCACCCAAGGUUCUGUCCGGAGCAGAGCGGAGAUUGUUGUGCGAAUUUAUCCUGGGCCGGAUCGAAGGCGAUGUCGAAGGUGUGGGUGCCUCUGCACGGGUUCUGCUCGCCCUGGAGAAUCGUGGAAAAUGGGACGGAGAGUCGGCGCAGAAAGUGAUGUCGACGUUCCUCCAGCACACGCAUCCUCUUCGUCAAUUCAAACUACAGACCGAACGAUAUCCGAUCAUCCAGCUCAUCGACCUUUUGCUCGCCAAAUACCGUGAUGCGAUGCACCAACUACACGAAGAGAGUGGAGAGUUCAUGCCCGCAUUCAUCUCAUACUUUGAGGGAGAGAAGGACCCAAGGAACCUCAUGAUCGUUUUCUCGCUUUUACGUGUUCCCAUGGCGGAAUGGGAUAUCCAGGCCAACGCACAGGACAUGUUUGAGGCGGCCUUCAAUUACUUCCCCAUCACGUUCAAGCCACCACCGGACGACCCAUACGGGAUCACCGCUCAGGAUCUGAAGGACCGUCUACGUGCAUGCAUUGCGUCGAACUCCGAGUUUGCGCCUUAUGCAUUCCCCGCGCUGCUCGACAAGCUCGACUCGACAUCUAUGAAUACGAAACGCGAUGUGCUUCAAGCCGUUCAAGCUUGUGUGAUCGCGUACGAUACCAAGACAAUCAACCUCUACUCCGUUACACUCUGGGAUGCUCUGAAGUUCGAGAUACUCAGUGUACAAGAGGAAGAUCUCGCGGAAGAGUCUUUGAAAGCUCUCGCUCUUCUGGGUGCCAAACUGGCCGAGGCCGAAGGUCCAUUGAACGCUUUCCUUCGCCCGAUCAUCAAAGAAUGCAAUGAGCAUCUGGAAGAUGCUCCCACCAAACAGUCGCAAGGAGCAGGACGUAUUCUCUACGCAGUGUCCGUCGGGAGUCCGGUCGUGGCCGACAAGGUUGCGAAAGGCGUUCUUCCCGUGCUCUUCUCCCUGUAUCAGUCGUCCGAGUCGAUCACGAAGCGUCGUGGACUUCUAGAAAUCUUCAAUCAGAUCGUCAAGGCAUUUGUGGACUCUCAGUCUGCGGGAAAUGGUGGUCAUGCCGAAGCACUGCAAUCAUUCGCCGACGAAGCUCUCACCGCCAUGUUGCGUGCGCUGUCGAGUGCUCCCAAAGCGGAGGUCUCGUUCCGACUUACUGCUCUGAACGGCCUUUCCCAGUUGGUGGCGAUAGAUGGGGUCCUUUCCGGAGAGGAGAUCACUCGAGUUGUCGAUGCCGUCAACUCUGUCAUUCUUCACGAGCAUAUCGAAGGCCAUGGCGAUAUCAAAUCCGAUGCCAUCAGUGGCCUGGUGACAAUGGCACAUUCCGUGCCAGCAGCCAUCCGCGACCAAGCUAUCCCAGCAUUCAUGGUCGAGCUUCCCGACGUCCCUGAGGAGCAGAGCGCCUACGGUCCGGUGCUCGAGGCUUUCGCGCAACUGAGUGUGGAACAGCAGGUCUUCGAUACAAUCGUACUGCGGAUCAAGAACAAACUCAGCGCUGCAAAAUAUCAGCACGCCCCUGUGAAGUACCAGCGCGAUCUGCUCUUAGCGCUUCUCUACGCCUUCACCUACGGCUCUCCACUACGCGAGGACGGCAUUAUGCGCAGUACCUACUUCACGGACUACGCAGAGCCAUUGAUCAUACAGCUGAAGGAUGCUCUGCCUUCCGAAAGAUCCGACACAUUGACCGAAAUCAUCGGGCGGAUCGCCAACGUCAUCCUUCGAACACAGACACCACACUUCCAGAGCAGCGUCUACAACAAAUACAUGGAGUGGAUGUCACCCGCAACGGAGGUCGUGUUCCGGCAUCUCUCACUGUUGAUCAACAAAUUCCUCGCGCCAGCAGCGAUGCGGAAAUCGCUCAUGGAUGCCGGCAUUGAGGUGAACGCAUUGCUGGUGUCGAGUCAAAGCGGCAACCACGCGAGCGCGGCCUUUGCAGUGGUCAAAGCACUGAUCAUCCAAGGUCGAUGUGGCGCACUGACUGCAGAGUACAUCAACCUCCUAUUGCAGAUCGUUCCGCGGGCCGACAAAGCCUUUGCUCAUCGAUUUACUGGGUUACUGGCGCCGGAUGAUGUUCUCACCAAGGAGAACCACUGCGUGAUCUCGGGUCUCUACAAACAGAAAAUCUUCAACCAGACGGUCGGGUCUAUGGUCGAAAGUGUGCAAUCGGCAUCCACUGAGGGGAAGCUACAUGGCCUCAUCGCGCUGUCGGGGAUUCUGAGAUGGUUGCCUUACUCCAUUAUGCAGUCUUCGCUGAGGUCUUUGAUGUCACCUUUACUGCUGACCCUGGACGUUUACUCGCUGGCCAAGCUGCAGCCAGACGAGGAAGUCAUCUACUCGACCUUGACCAUUAUCGAGUCGGUUCUCAUGCACGACUCGGCGAUUGCAUCGGAGCAUACGGUGUCACUCGUCAAUCGCUUCUUGAACUGCAGCGAGAUGCAAAGAUACCCCGCGAAGAUCCGAGCCAAAGCACUACAAUGUUUGGCGUUGGUGCCACGGCAGUUCAAGCCCGAGUCGGUGGUGCCAUACCGGCGAGCGACGGUCAAGAAGCUGUUGGGCUGCUUGGACGACAGCAAGAGGAAUGUUCGGGCGGAAGCAGUCAAGUGUCGGAGUGCGUGGCUGGCCCUGGACGAAGGCAACGAGGAGGAAGAGUAG